AUGGCAUUUGUAGAGAGGUGGCAUCUAGAGACAUUGUCAUUUCAUCUUCCUCACGGUGAGAUUACCAUCACUAUUUACGACAUUGCAUGCCUCUUGCAUAUACCUAUCAGGGGUACCCUCCUUAGUCACGGUAGGCUGGUGAAGGAGGAAGCGAGGGAGAUGCUGAUUGAGGAAAUGAGGGCUGAUUCAGAGGACGCGCUUGAGGAGGUUGAAAGGACCCGCGAGACGCAUGUCAGGUUUCACUUCUUGAGGCACCCAACUGUUUGUGGACACGAGCUCGUCGUAUACAAUCGUUGUUUACCUGAAGUAUUCAUUAGAUACCGCAUGUGUCCGAGAGUACAACUAGGGAGUGGCUACACUCGCGGUUGGAUACUACAACACUUCCCAGACAUUAUUGGCUGGGGAGAGGUGUCGGGUUACACUGAGGCCAUGUCGCGUGCUAGAGCCUUCGUCCCCUUCAGAGGGAAUCAUGUGUCGGAUCCUUUCAGGCGCUGUCUCGACCUCAUGGCCGCUGAGGACGUUCGAUAUGACUGCUAUGAUGAUCACCGUGAGGCGGUUUUGUGGAACGACAUCGCCCUAUAUUAUGGAUGGUUGGCUUCUAGUUUGACCAUUAUUAUUCGUUAUCUUCCGGAGCGCGCCGUGGGUUAG